AUGGUUUCGAACCGAUAUAUCUUCGCUCAGGAGAGCAGGGGGAUCAUCCCCCCGGAGGUGGUGCCGAAGGUGGGCUUGCAGGGCAACGGUGAAGGCUUGGUAUGGGAAGCGGGUGAAUCGGCCUUGGCGCUGGCCGUCACGGAGUUUGGAUGGCGAAGCGCCAGACGGAUACGGUUUUUGGAGGUGGCUAGUUCAGUGGGUGCGCCUUCCCUGGUGGCCUUGGCCAAAGGCUUCCACGUGUGGAGCAGCGACCUCCGCGAUGAGAGUGCGUGGCAGCGCUGGGCUGGUGCACGAGCCUCAUCCUUCACGGAGGCACAGCUCAAGCGCUUCCGCACGCCGCGCUUGGACCUGUUGGAUGAGAGGACUUGGCCCCACGGGCUCUUUUUCGACGUGAUUUUCUUGGGCAGCCCUUUCUUCAUGGUUGGACCCACAAGUGAACAACAAGCAGCCUUCUGUCGAAGCUUCCAACGGCUGCUGGCGCUUCACUUGGCACCACAAGGGCUUGGAAUGAUGUUUCUCAACCCGGUGAGACUCGAACCUACAGGAGGUAACAUCCGCCAGACCUAUGCUGAUGACUGCUUGAAGCGCAGUUCCUUCGCAGUGAUGGUGCACCAGCCGGUGGCGGAAGGCCGCUGGCAUUCCCAAUGGCUGCAGGAGGACACCUUGGAGGACUUUGAUGCCCCCCUGCACUUGCCCUUGGUCUUUACUCUCCGGCGAAGAAAUGCCAGCAUCUUCUGA